GUGGAAGAUAACAUGGAGCUGGAAGGAGUAGAUUGGCUGCAUGCAAUCAAGCGCAGGCGUGAGGUACUGCUGGAGGACUGUGCAGCCAAGAGUAAGAGACUGAAGGAUGAGGGAGCACUGUUGGCUGAGCAAAGCAGAGGGCUGCAUUGGGAAUGGUAUCCCGUGGGCCCCAGGGGACCAAACACAAAUCUCUCUGGAGCAGGUGGUUUUACCUUUGCUGCGGUCCUGGGAUUUGGCGCGUAACAAGAAUAGAGUCAACAAAUGAAGUUGAGAAGAAAAUUAAAGCGGCUAUUUACUUCACAAAAACAAAGCAAGGCAAGUCCGACAUUUGGAAACAAUUUUCAGUUGUUACUUAAAAAAAAUAGAAAAGAAUUUAACUUUGUAAGUAUUUGUUUACAACAGGCACAAAUCUGGCACCUCUGGGUUGAUAUAUACCUGCUCCGUUCUCCAGAGUCAAAGUAAACUCUCAUUCCACAAUAAAGCCCUUCUUCCUGCUCAUAUUAAGCAAGAAACUGCAAAUAAAUGUUGCACUUUGCUGUGAAGACAUUCGUAUGACUUUGUUUCCAGGAAAGGCUUUGUUGACAUAGUUCAACAAUUUGUUAAUGUAGCUGCUAAAUAUAGCAUAUUUGAUGUAAGAGAUGCUCUGCCACAUCCAACUACUGUGUCCAGACAUCUUGAGGGAAAAGUACAGGCACUGCAGUUGUCUGUGGCAACGAAGUUGAAGCCCAUCAUUGAAACGUAUGAAUGUGACAUCACAACAGAUUACCAUAAACUUCAUUCAUAUCCAGCACCAUUCAUUACACAAACAAUGACUUUGGUCUCAUUUCGAGGGUGUUGUUUGUGGCUCUCUUCGAAAAUGGCGUGCCAAAAACAGUAGAGAACAUUUGGAACCUGCUAUUCCAGCAACUCUGUGCAUUUGGAAUAGACACAUCACUGCUAGUUGGCCUUGUUGUGUUUAUCACUGACCGUGGAGCCAACAUAGUUGCUGUCCUGUGUGGAUACACCAGGCUGAACUGCAAUGCACACAUCCUGAAUGUCAUCCUGUCCAGCAUAUUUGCCCCAGACGUGUUGGCCAAGCUCUCUGAACUGUUGACCAAUGCAAAAAAAAUCUGGUAAAAUAUUUCAAACAUUCAAUUCUGCAGAACAGCCUUGAAGACAUCCCUCAGGCAAUUUAUCGAGAAUUUACCAAUGGAAUUCAAAUUAUCAUAUGCUAGAUUCAAUACUGAAACAGCAAGAGGAAAUUUCUACAUUAACCAGUACGAAAGAAUUGUACAGCUCAAUGAAAAUAGUGGUUGCAUUUCUCAAGUUAUUCAAAGAUGCUACUGAUGACCUCGAGUCAACUCCACUCCAAGCUUAUCACUUGCACUGCAGUGGACUGUCAGACUCAUUGAACACUGCCAAGCAACAUCAUCAAGCCUGUGCUCUCCGAAGUCACUAGUGUGUGUGCCGCAAGUCUGGAAGAACAUCAGCAACUCCCCUUCACAUGAUCUACAGGAUUGCAAUGACUCCUAAAAUGCGAUUGCUACGGAUGUUGUGCCCAGAUCCAAGAGAUGACACCAUCAAAGGUGUAUAAUAUGAAUACUUAAAAUAGGCUUUAUAGUUUUAAUAUUAUGAAUAUAGGCUAUCUUGUUUGUAGACUUAUUUUAAAGUGAACCUAUAGCCUAUUUAUAUUUGUGAAAAGUCUAGUACUAAAAUAAUAAUAGGCCUAAACUUUAUUAACAUUGCACUUUUUGAAAACAACCAAAGUGCUUUGAAGAUACAAAAACAGAAAAUACACAGUGCAGUUACAAAUUAGAAUUAGUUUUAUGCAGUCAAGAAAUAGAUAAGAAACAGAUAAGACAAUAAAAAUCUUAAGAAUUGCCAAAUGAAUAAGAGCAUGAAACAAAAGAAAACUCUAAUUGUAAUAAAAAGUAAUACAUUUAAUUUUUUUCAAGAUGAUCUAAUCCAGAGGUACAAAGGAAAUUAUCCAUAAGAUAAGGUUUGACCAGGUUCCGGCCACAGCAGAGGAUAAGCCACCACCAACCAAAAAGCAAAGUCGCUCUGACCGAUUCACAGACUAGGAAGACAAUCUUCCCAGUGCUCUCAAAACUUGCACGUUUUAUUUUGAGAAUCCCUGCAUCUAGUGUGCCAUCAGAGAGGGCAUUUAGUGAGUGUUGGUAGAUCUUGGAAGAGAGAUGCACAAACCUAGGCCAAGUGAUUCAUAGUUUCAUCCAUUCGUUAAGCAUGUUUAAUGUUUUUUAGUAUUUUUUUCCCUGCUAUAUGUUAAUUAGCUACAUAAACAGAGAUUUUUUUACAUUUCCUAUUUAUUUAAUUUAAAAAAAAAUUAUAUUUAAUUUGUUUAAUCUUUAUAUAAUUUAUUUUAAGUAAUUCAAUAAUAUAUUGUUCCUUGUUGGGUUACCAGAGUUUAACUAUUAUUGUAAGGGGUGUGUGUGUGUGUUGUUACGUGUACAUUUAAAUAUGUUUUUACGCUCCGCUAGUUGUGAUGUUUUAAAAGUUGAUAGUUGAUAAAAAAUUGCCCCAAUCUGUUUGUGUUUGUCAUGUAUGGUGCUUUACUUUAGCAUUACUUUAUCUUAUGUUCAGUUUAAUUAAACAGAGUGCUUUAUGUCUGUUAUUCUGAACGCUUAGCAUAGCCCUAACAUUUGUGUAAAUUUUUCACAAUCUCUACAAGCCGUGACUGAAUGUUUGCGGGAGUGGAGACAAAUAUUGCAGGUGUAGUCGGGAGUGGAACACACAUUGCGGGAGCGGGAGUAAGAAAACAGUCCCGCGCAGGGUUCUACCACACACAAUUCAUGAAUUAUGUCUUAAUACUUAAGAAAACAUAUUGUUUGGAGGAGAGCUUAAAUAAGUAUAAAAUUAUUAUAUGUUAUAAUAAUAGGUAUUUAUAUUCAUAUGUUUUAUAUUAUAUUUACACAUAUUUACCCCAAACCAAAAAAAAAAAAAAAAAAAGACAAAGAAAAACCUCCCCAACUAGAGUCGCCUUGAUGUAUCUCAGCAAUUUCCACCACUGGCUCGACUAGACUGACUGAAAUGUUAAUCAAUAAUAAUUUUAUGGCUAAAAAUGUCUACAGUUUUCGUUGACUAAAACUAGACUAAAAUACUUAGGGUUUUCAUUGACUAAGAUAAGACUAAAAUGCCCAGAUGUUUAGUCAAGUAAAACUUGACUUUAAAAAGAUAUCAGGACUAAAUAAAAAAAAUAAUAAAAACUGUCAAGGACAUUUAUCACAGGACUAAGACAAAAUAAAAAAAUUGCUGACAAAUUAACACUAAUAUGAACAGACAAGUCUUGAAGUAAAUUACAGUAAAUAACACUUAAUAUUAGGUUGCAUAUACCUUGUUUGCUGUAUCAAACUGGCGACCCACUGACAUCUACAAACUGUUGCAUUCUUCUUUUGUGCUGCUUUUUCAGGCUUGUAGCGCAGCUUAUUUCAGUUGUCAUUGUUUUGUGGGUAUUCACACAGUCUUCAGUCUAUUCAUCAGGAGGUGAAAUACAUGCUCAAGUAGGUUUAGGUCUGUAGAAUGACUUGGUCAGUCUAAAACAUUAAAUCCCCCCCCCCUGAUGAAGUCCUUUGUUGCGUUGGCAGUGUGUUUUGGGUAAUUGUCUUGCUGCAUGAAGUUCCUUCCCAUUAGGUUGGCUGCAUUUCUCUGUAAAUUGGCAGACAGCAUGUUUCUGUACAUUUCUGAAUUAAUUCUGCUCCUGCCAUCAUGAAUUACAUUGUUAAUAAAGAUUGUGAGCCCAUUCCAGAAGCAGCUAUGCAAGCCCAAGCAAUGACACUACAGCCACCCUGCUUGUCAUGUUUUGGAUCAUGAGCAGAUCAUCUCAUUCUCUUUCUCUCACUUUGGUAAAGGUUAGUCUUGGUUCCAGAACUUUUGUGGCUCAUCUCUCUUUCUUUGCAAAUUCCAAUCUGGCUUUCCAAUUCUUACUGCUGAUGAGUGGUUUGCAUCUUGUGGUAUGGCCUCUCUAUUUCUGUUCUCAAAGUCUUCUUCGAGUGGUGGAUUGUGAUGCCUUCACCUCUGCCCUGUGGAGGUUGUUGGUGAUGUCACUGACUUUUGGGUUUUACUUCACAGCUCUCACAAUUGUAAAGUAGUGAGUGUACAGCUUGUGUAACAGUGUAAAUUUGCUGUCCCUUCAAAAUAACUCAACACACAGCCAUUAAUGUCUAAACCGCUGGCAACAAAAGUGAGUACACCCCUAAGUGAAAAUGUCCAAAUUGGGCCCAAUUAGCCAUUUUCCCUCCCCGGUGUCAUGUGACUUGUUAGUGUUACAAGGUCUCAGGUGUGAAUGGGGAGCAGGUGUGUUAAAUUUGGUGUCAGCGCUCUCACACUCCCUCAUACUGGUGACUGGAAGUUCAACAUGGCACCUCAUGGCAAAGAACUCUCUGUGGAUCUGAAAAAAAGAAUUGUUACUCUACAUAAAGAUGGCCUAGGCUAUAAGAAGUUUGCCAAGACCCUGACACUGAGCUGCAGCACGGUGGCCAAGACCAUACAGCAGUUUAACAGUACAGGUUCCACUCAGAACAGGCCUCGCCAUGGUCGACCAAAGAAGUCGAGUGCACCUGCUCAGCGUCAUAUCCAGAGGUUGUCUUUGGGAAACAGACGUAUGAGUGCUGCCAGCAUUGCUGCAGAGGUUGAAGGGGUGGUGGGUCAACCUGUCAGUGCUCAGACCAUACGCCGCACACUGCAUCAAAUUGGUGUGUAUGGCUGUCGUCCCAGAAGGAAGCCUCUUCUAAAGAUGAUGCACAAGAAAGCCCGCAAACAGUUUGUUGAAGACAAGCAGACUAAGGACAUGGAUUACUGGAACAAGGUCCUAUGGUCUGAUCAGACCAAGAUAAACUUAUUUGGUUCAGAUGGUGUCAAGCAUGUGUGGUGGCAACCAGGUGAGGAGUACAAAGACAAGUGUGUCUUGCCUACAGUCAAGCAUGGUGGUGGGAGUGUCAUGGUCUGGGGCUGCAUGAGUGCUGCUGGCACUGGGGAGCUACAGUUCAUCGAGGGAACCAUGAAUGCCGACAUGAACUGUGACAUACUGAAGCAGAGCAUGAUCAGUAUUCAUUAUUCCAGCAUGAUAACGACCCCAAACACACCUCCAAGACGACCACAGCCUUGCUAUAGAAGCUGAGGGUGAAGGUGAUGGACUGGCCAAGCAUGUCUCCAGACCUAAACCCUAUUGAGCAUCUGUGGGGCAUCCUCAAACAGAAGGUGGAGGAGCACAAGGUCUCUAAUAUCCACCAGCUCCGUGAUGUCUUCAUGGAGGAGUAGAAGAGGACUCAACUGGCAACCUGUGAACCCAAUUUGGACAUUUUCACUUAGGGGUGUACUCACUUUUGUUGCCAGCGGUUUAGACAUUAAUGGCUGUGUGUUGAGUUAUUUUGAGGGGACAGCAAAUUUAUACUAUUAUACAAGCUGUACACUCACUACUUUACAUUGUAGCAAAGUGUCAUUUUGUCACAUGAAAAGAUAUAAUCAAAUAUUUACAAAAAUGUGAGGGGUGUACUCACUUUUGUGAGAUACUUUAACAACUGACAGAAGAUGAAGCAAUGGCUAAAAACUUCAGAGGGGUGGGGGUGCACAACCAUAAGCUGUGGAUU